AAAACUGCUAUAAAAUUUAUUUUAAUUGCUUUUUAUUAAUCUGGAUAAACAGACCAAAUGGCCCCACUGAAAUUCUACCACAUGCCAAAAGGACCUCCUUCCCGUGCAGUUGCCUUAACGAUUCGAAAUCUCAAAUUAGAUGUUGAAAUAAUUGAAGUUGAUGUGUUAAAUGGCGAACAAAUGUCUCCAGAAUUUGUAAAAAUUAACCCUCAACACACUGUUCCCACAAUUGAUGAUAAUGGAUUCAUUUUGUGGGAAUCUCGAGCUAUUAUGACGUAUUUGGUUAACUCCAAAGUUCCUGGAAAUUCUCUCUAUCCAACUGAUCCCCAUAUCCGAGCUUUAAUAGAUGCUCGUUUAUAUUUUGAUACCUCAACUCUAUAUGCCGCCAGGGAGAUCAUGUUUCCUAUUCUUUUCCUUGGUGCAAAGACAAUUAAUAAGGAGAAGAAGGAAGUUUUCUAUCAAGCUCUUGAUUUUAUGAACACUUUCCUAGUGGGCCGAACGUGGUUUGCUGGAGAUCAUCCCACACUCGCUGAUUUAUCAAUUUUGGCUUCUUUUUCGACUUUUGUGUACGCUGGAGCUAACGUUAGCAAGUACAAAAACAUCCUAGCUUGGUACAAGCGGUGUGAAUCUCUGCCAGGAUUCGAUGAGAACGAAAGUGGAGCCAAAGGAUUCGGGAACGUAGUCAAGGAAAAACUCAGCAUUACUGGCACAUGGGAUUAAACGCCGAUUGAAUCUCCGAAAGAGAGAUUUCUCUAAAAAAGUUAAAGCCUCUUU